UCAUUCUCCAACGAAGAAGACAACAAAGUGUGUAGCUGAAGGACGGAACCGUGAGCUCUCGAUGACAUUUUGACUGUGACGACGGGACAACCGUGAAGAGUUGAUUCUCCAUAUCAAUGCUUGAAAGUUCCUUCUGCCGUGUCUGAAUUGAAGGUUUUUGCCCUCCCUUCAUCUUCUUUCUGCCACCUUCCAGGGCUGAAUCCAAGCCCCCCGCCGGGUCUCCUCCCUCGUUGUCAAUCAUGGGGAGUUAUAGACUUGCUACUGAUAUCAAAAUCUGCAAAGCGCUAAUAUUAUGGCCAAUCUCGGAGGGUCCUUUUGGCAUGUUUGAAUCAAUGGGUUUGUUGUCGUGAAAUAUGGUUCAACUUAGUGUUGCAUCUUCCUGGAAUUUGUUGGUAUUAGAGUGCAUGUUAAUACAGGCAAGGAGACAUGGUGGAUUGAAAUAUGGAAAAGGACGCGCCCUGGUCUGAUUCACGUCCAAAGCCCUGCUUUCAAGCCGAUGUACCUGAGACCAGAGUUGCCUCACGGACCACAUGGUGUGAUAACAGUCUCAACCAGUGAACCUCUUCCCAUUGGGGUCGUAGAAAAAAAAGACUUACUCUCUGGAUGCCUCCUGCCAACAUGUUUGGCCCGAGAUGAUAAGCCUGUUGUCCGAUCAUUAUCAUGGUCUCCACUUGGCUUGGCUGCAAAUGCGGGGUGCUUGAUGGCUGUUUGUACUACAGAAGGAAAUGUGAAGGUUUAUCGUCCACCUUUUUGUGAUUUCUGUGCUGAAUGGGUUGAGGUUUUGGACUUAACAGAAAGGCUGUUUGGAUAUCUCCAAUGUGCUGGUUUUGGAGAUCUGAGUAUAGUGCAGGUAGCAAAGCAGAAACCAGCUGACGAUAUGCUAGACACUGUUUCAAGGAAGGGACGUAAGAAAAGAAAAGUCAAUUAUGUCUCCAGCGAUUCUGGGAAUCCAUUGUUAUUGCCUACAAUUAGUACGGAUGGAAACUCUUGUUCUAGCCCCUGUAAUGAUGUGGAAGGACAGAGAGUGACUGCAAUGUCUGAGAUUAUAGGACCAGACCUCCAGAUAACUGCAUCAGAUCAGGUGGAAUCCAUGUCUGAAUAUAACGAGAAAUCCUUGGAAAAAGUAUCUGAAAACCACAUGUUGCCACUGAUUACUACUGAUCAAUAUGCUUUGCGAAGCGCAAUGCUAUAUGGACUUGUUGUUUCUUGGUCUCCAUUGCUGCAUGAAACACCUGAAUUUCAGCCAGUUCCUAAUACCAAUGCAUCUGUUAGUCUACUUGCUGUUGGAGGAAAGAGUGGUAAAAUUUCUUUCUGGAGAUUUCACAUAUCAGAUUGCUAUACUAUUCAGGACAGCAACAUUCGGACUGCCGUGGAGUUGGCUGGAUUUUCACAGGCACAUAGUUCAUGGGUUACUUCAAUAAGUUGGGUGUUAUUUCCUUCUGAUUUCUCAAAUCCACAAAUUUUGUUAGCUACUGGAAGCUCUGACGGGAGUGUGAAGGUUUGGCUGGGUAACAAUGACAAAUUACUGAAGUCAUCAGAAGCGAAUCAAACUCUAUUUUCUCUACUGAAGGAGGUCAUAACAAUCAAUGCUGUCCCAGUUUCUGUACUUUCAGCAACAAUGCAAAUUCAGUCUUCUGAGAUGCUCUUAGCCAUUGGCAAAGGUUCUGGCUCCUUUGAAAUAUGGCUGGGUGACUUAUCCUGUAAUGAAUUUCAUAAGCUCGGAUCCUAUGAUGCACAUGAUCAUAUUGUUACCAGUUUGACCUGGGCAUUUAAUGGAAGGUGUUUGUGCAGCUGUAGCCAGGACAAUUUAGUACGCAGCUGGAUUCUUCAUGAGAGACAACUCAAUGAAGUUACCAUCUGUUCUGACAUCCUCAAUAGUAGCAAUCCAACUUGUCCUUCAACAGAUUUGUAUGCUUCAUGUUUUGGUGCAGCAGCGUCCCCCGGAAACCUUGCCAUUGCUACAGUUCGUUGCUUUGAUAUUGAGAAACUGAACAGAAUGUAUGAAGCAAGGGUUUUGAGGGCAGCUAUUGAAUACUUUUGGAUUGGUGGGCAGCAAAUGGAUGUUCAGUCAAGAUUACCCUUUUCAUAUGCGGCUGAGAAAUAUUCCAGUUUGCGAAAGAAAGAAUUAUCUCACUGGGGAUCCAACAUCAUUUGCAUCCUUGAGCAAUAUCAUUGCCUUGAUAAGCCCCUCGUUCUUUGGGAUAUAAUUGCAGCAUUAUUGGCUUUCAAGGAGAACGAUUCAAUAUAUGUAGAACAUAUACUGAUUAAGUGGCUGUCAAUGUCCUUUCUGGGAUCCCAUACGGACCUUCCUGCUGAAAAGGUUUUGGCAAAGGUCUCUUCAAAUUUGUCAGAUAUUCCUUCUCGCCUGCUUCACCUGCUCAACAUAGUCUGUAGACGUGUGAUGAUAGCAGAACUGGAUGUUGACGAAAUAAAUAGAAUAAACAACAGCCUUCUAAACUCAGGAGGGUCAACUCUUUCCGAGGAAAAGCAAGUAACUAAGUGGGUGGAGAUUCUUCUGAGAAGUGAAAGAGAACUCCGUGAAAGGUUAAUAGGUUUUAGUUUUUCUGCUUUCCUAACCAACCUAUCCUGUGCAGAAGCAGCUCCUUCCCAGCCGGGACAUUGGUAUCCUUUUGGAGUAACACAGAUGAAACAAUGGGUGGAAUUAGAUCGGGAUAAUGCACGUGACCGAUUGAAAGUCCUUGCAUCAGAAGUUACAAAUGAGAAAAGGUGCAGGCUUCUGUCCGAUGAACAUUUAGCAGCGGAGCGUUGCAGUUUUUGCUCAGCGUAUGUUCCAUUUGAAUCACCUGAGGUUGGUUUUUGCUCAGGUGAGGAAUACAGUAGUGGCAAAGGCCAGCGUCACAGGUUAUUGAGAUGUGCCACCAGCAUGCAGGUUUGCCCCAUUGCUCCGCUAUGGUUCUGUAUAUGUUGCCGCAGGUCAGCUUUUAGACUGGCGCCAGAUGCACUCUUUAGAAUGUCUGCAUAUCCUGUAGAUUUUAAAUCUUCCACCAACUCAUGUACCCUAGCAGUGUCCGCAAAACCCUGGUGUCCCUUUUGUGGGAUACUUCUACAGAGACAACAACCGGAAUUUCUACUUUCGCCAACUUAUGUAUGAGAAUGAUUAACUGCUUUUGCUAUAUAAAUUAUGUUAUUAUAUUUAUAAUGGCUAUGACGCUUGCUUU